CUUCCAUUUACCAACGAACUAAACUCCACUUGCUCCUCACUGUUGAGCACGCAAGCCAACCAAUCAUGGCAGGCAUUCGAAUGAUAGAUAUAGCCGUCAAUUUCACCGAUGGCAUGUUCAAGGGAAUCUACCACGGCAAGCAAUGUCACGUCUCCGAUAUUGCAACCGUUUUGAACAGGGCUUGGGCUGCUGGCGUCACCCGAAUUAUUGUAACUGGUGGGUCUCUUGAAGAAUCAAGGGAAGCACUUGCAAUUGCAGAAACAGAUGGAAGACUUUUCUGCACCGUUGGUGUGCAUCCAACACGAUGCAAGGAAUUUGAGGAGAGUGGAGAUCCAGAGAAGCAUUUUCAAGCUCUUUUGUCCUUGGCUAAAGACGGAAUUCAGAAAGGAAAGGUGGUUGCUAUUGGAGAAUGUGGAUUGGACUAUGACAGGCUUCAUUUUUGCCCAGCAGAGAUUCAAAAGAAGUAUUUCGAGAAGCAAUUUGAAUUAGCACAUACCACAAAACUGCCUAUGUUUUUGCACAUGCGAGAAGCUGCUGCAGAUUUCUGUGAAAUAGUGGAGAAAAAUAAGGACAGGUUCACUGCCGGAGUCACCCAUUCCUUUACUGGUAGUAUGGAUGAUAGCAUUAAGCUUCUCUCAUUUGAUAAAAUGUACAUAGGCAUAAAUGGGUGCUCUCUGAAGACAACUGAGAACCUUGAUGUUGUUAAGGGUAUACCUAUUGAAAGAAUGAUGAUUGAGACAGACUCACCAUACUGUGAAAUCAAGAAUACUCAUGCAGGAAUUGGUUUUGUUAAAUCUACAUGGCCUUCUAAGAAGAAAGAGAAGUAUGAUCAAGAGUGCAUUGUUAAAGGCCGAAAUGAACCUUGUUUAGUUAAGCAAGUUCUUGAAGUUGUUGCUGGCUGUAAAGGCAUCACUGACGUGGCUAACCUCAGCAGAACAGUAUACCAUAACACUUGCAGAUACAACAUUAUCAGAUAUGACUCAUCCACCAAUUUGUCAAUUCUUGAAAAGUAUAGGAUAUGAUAUGUAUAGUAUUCGUAUUGAAAAUAAUCAAAUUAAGAUAUACUUCUAUACUUCUUAAACAUUGGUAAAUAUAAAAUAAAAAUUAUAAAUAACUGUUUUCCUAAAAUCCAAACAAGAAACAUACUUCUACAUUACCAACUAUAAAAUAGAAAUUACAAGUAAUUUCUUAAUUUCCCAGAAAUAGGAAUAGUACCAAUUUAUUUUCUCGUUGUGCAUUAUCUAGAAAUAGGAUAAUUUCGGUAACUAGCUAUGUUUUUUCAAGAAAAAAAGAUUCCAUUUCAAGAUUUCUAGCAGCAUCAAAGCUAUCUCGGCAUAUGCAUGACUCCACCAGUGUCCAAUGUCUUAGUACUUCCAUGCACGUAUAAUUCAUCUUUCAAAAAUAAAAAUGCGUAUUGUUACUAUGGGCUUAUAGCUGACCGAUCGGGUAAGUGGCAAAAUAAUUAGAAAGAACCGAGCAGUUGACAUGCCACGAAAGCAUCUCUUGAACGUUCGGUCCCGACAAUCGUUAAGCAGAGUUAAGACACAAUUAAUGUCACAACGGCUACUGUCAAGCGGUUAAGGUUUGCAUUAAUGAUCAUUAAGGGGUAAAUUAAUUGGUCAGAUUCUUUUAAAUUCUAUGUUUAAUUUCGAGGUAAACUUACUUUUGACUCACUAUUGAAUUACUAAAGACCUACAGAGAAAGAUUCUGACUUGAGCUUCGGAGUGUAUUCUGCAGGUCACCCCCCACACAAGGACAAACGUUCGGCACACCGGAGCAUCACUUAGGCGACAUCCUCGUCCCAAUUCAACCGAAACAUUUUGGCGCUGCGCGACCGAUCGGUGUGUGGGGGUGACCUGUAGAAUACACUCCGACGCUCAAGUUAGAAUCUUUCUUUGUAGGUCUUUAGUAAUUCAACGGUGAGUCAAAAGUAAGUUUACCUCGAAAUUAAACUCCUAUUUUAUAGAGUUUAAAAGAAACUGACCAAUUAAUUUACCCCUUAAUGAUCAUUAAUGCAAACCUUAACCGCUUGACAGUAGCCGUUGUGACAUUAAUUGCGCCUUAACUCUACUUAAUGGUUGUCGGGACCGAGCGGUCAAGAGAUGCUUUCGUGGUAUGUCAACCGCUCGGUUCUUUCCAAUUAUUUUGUCACUUACCCGAUCAGUCAGUUAUAAGCCCAUAAUAACACUUAUAAACCAAUUUUAUGAUUUAACUUGUUUCUUUUGCAAUGGCAGAAUGAAGAAACAGGUAAUCUAGUUCCUACGAUAAUAACAAUUGUCUUAAUUGAGAAAAAAAUAGUCAACUUAUUUGUUUUUCAUGAGAAAUUGACAUAUGCUAUUACAUCCUUUUUUCUAAUCUCAACGGUUGUAAUUUUUUUUUAAACAUUUAUUCCUCUCCAUAGAAAUCUCGUCAGCCUCUUGAAGUUAUUCUUCACUAUAAUUCCUACAAAAGUCAGUAGAUUACUUACAGGAGUUAACUAACUAUAUAUUUACCUAGGAUUCAAAUAGUGAAUAAUAGAGGGAAGUGCAACUCUUGGUAUACCUAUCAAUUAAGUCUAUAAACAACUUCAUAAAACGUUGAAGUAUCCUGUUCUCUUUUCCUUCAUAUUUGUACUCUCUGGACUCAAAUAUAAACGAAAAUGAGUCAUAUAUGGUGGAUUCAAAUAUAAGCAAAUUUCAAUUCCUAAACCUUAUUUAAUGUUCCCAUUUAAAAUAAAAAUGACUUUUAAACCUAAACAUAAUUAUCAAUAAAUAUAAUUUGGGGGCAAUUUAGGAAAAAUAUCACUCUAUUGUACGAAAAGAAUAAUAUUAAAUAAAUUUGACUUAUAAGUAGUAUAAUUAUAAGUGAUUAGAUUAUUACUACAAGUAAUCUAUUAUCUUUUGCUGGACGAAUAGGUAUUAUAGUGAGAAGUGGCUCCAAAUAGAAUUUCCCCUUGAGGAUGAUGAGAUUUUAUUGUAAAGAAACAAGGGUUUGAAAAUGUUUUUCACAACUGUUGAGAAUAGAAAAAAUGUUGUACUUUAAUAUGACGAUAUGAUUCCUCGUAUAAAGAAAAUAGUAUGCUUCCUUUGACUCAAAUGAAAAUAGGUGGACAUUAGAUUCUAAAUCUUAAUGGGUGAUGCGUGGUUCUCUUGUCCUCUCCUUAAAAAGUUUGCUUUAGGGCCUAUAGUGCACAUCCUAGUUUCUAUAUUGUGAAAGGAAUUGGAGAACCAUUCACUCAUCAAAGAUAAAAAUGUUGAAUCCCAAAAGCACUGGGUUUAUGUGCAUACUAAUUUGAAGCUUGUCUUGAAAAAAGAAUACAUGUAUAAGGGAGUACAUUCUCUAAUAUACACACUUCAUUGGCUCUUGAAAAUAAAAAAAUAGAAAUGGUCUUAUUUACUAAAGGAGGGGAUGCAGUUAAUGCUAUUCCUAUUUCUGGGCAAUAAGAAAUCGAGAGUUCACUAACAACUUUUGUUUUAUAUUUAGUUAUGUCUAAGUCAGUUCUUUGUUUAGAUUUUUGAAACUCGGGUUUUCAAUUUUUUUAUUUUAUUUUAGACAAGGAAUGCUAGCUCUCAAACACUCUUUAAUACUUUCUCUUCAAUUGGUCGAAAUUGUAUGGAAAUCACAAUUUUAGGUGGGUCUCACUUCCAAAUCAAAAGAGAGACUCGUUAAAUGAGAAACGAGACUCGUAAAAGGUUGUGAUUUCUGAUAAAUUUCGGUUAAUAAUAUGGAGAAUGUUGCUACUAUUCCUCAUUUUAUGUUUAUCUUGGUUUAGUAAGUAUGUUGUUAAGAGAUUUUUGAAUAUGUAUUCUAACCUUUAUAUCUCUUAAGAAUUGACAUAUCAACGUUAUGUAAUAGGGAAAGUUCUAGAACACUCUAACAUGCUCUUGUAUCAGUUAAAAAAGUUUUACAAUCGCAAAAAUUGGUAAAGAGAAUCAUUAAUUGUGGGGAGAUGGCAUAUUCAAAAGAUUAUGUUAGAGAGUAUGUUGUUCGUAUUUCAUUGUGUGUUGUAUCUGAUGCUCAUGUUGUAUGCCUAUGAUAAUCAUAGGAAGAAAGUGAAAAUACAAAUCUAGGUCAUCAAUUUACAUUAGGCUUGGCCAAAUUUGUCUCGGACUAGAAGAUUGACCUCAUGCAUAUUUUUCUUUUUCAAAAAAUUGAACUUAACUUAUUGCUAAGUUGUUAGAUGAUUAAAGUCUUGAUUGAUGGGCAGCGUCUCGGACCAGUACUAGAAUACCAUCUAAUGAUUUUGAAUACCAUGCUGCUUGCCAAAUUUGCUCGUGACUCGUUGCCAUAUGGACUGUCUCUGUUGUUAUUCUGUAGGGUGUGCUUGUGCAUAUGUAUAUUUUCCUAAUAUGCGCUCUGGAGCUCCAAUAAAAAUAUUGCU